CAGGGUUUUUACUUGUUGGCUUAGGAUUGAUGAGUUGAGUAUUUGAACGAAGGUUCUCUGCUGGAUUGGAAUUGACGAAAUACUUCUCAGGGAUAUAUAUGUUUCUUGAGGUGAGCCUUCCGAAAUCAUUUUCAUCUUGUUGGUAUUUUCUUAACUAUGUUCAAUUUUGUAUGCUAUUGUAGAAUAUUGGCUUAUGCAAGAAAUUGCUCAAUUGAUGCCGUUUCAAGUUUAAUACGAGCCCAUAAACAAGAACUGCAUUUUCUUCAAACCCACCAGCCAUUUUCAUCAUCUUCCAUCGUAAAAACUUCAGAAAAGCGGUCAACAGUAGUUUCUUACUUGAUUAACUCUUGUGGGCUGUCUCCAGAAAGAGCCAUUUCGGCCUCAAAAUAUGUUAACUUCAAAGCCCCAGAAAAUGCAGACUCAGUAGUUGCAUUUUUCAAGAAGCACCAUUUUACUGAUGUUCAAAUCUCAACUCUUAUUUAUGGCCGCCCACAAAUUCUCUCAGCCAACCCUGACAAGACCAUUUUGCCCAAGUUGGAAUUUUUGCAAUCUGUUGGGUUCUCAAGCUUUGACAUUCCCAAGUUGGUAUGUGCAUCGCCGAGAAUACUUCAUAGAAGCUUGAGAAAUCGUCUAAUCCCAGUUUAUAAUUUCCUCAAAAACCUGCUCCAUUCCAGUGAAGAUGUUGUGGUUGCUGUUAAGCAAUACCCAGAGGUUCUACAGCUUGACAUAGAGAAUACUGUGGCACCUAAUAUUCAGAUUCUGCGAGACAUUGGUGUGGGCAAAUCUCAUAUUCUGUUUUGUUUAAAAUGUGCACCGCGUGUAUUAGGCAGUAGUCCUGACAGAUUCAAGGAAAUUGUAGAGAGAGUUAAGAAAAUGGGUUUUAAUCCUCAAAGACAAAGCUUUGUUCAGGGAGUUAAUGUGAUAGGGAGAACAGCUUCUUCAACUUGGAAACGCAAAGUUGAGGUCUAUAAGAAAUGUGGUUGGACUGAGGAAGAGGUGCUGGUAGCUUUCAGGAAGUUUCCGCGUUGUAUGUUGGCAUCAGAAAGUAAGAUCUUAGGAGCAAUGGACUUUUUGGUACGAGAAAUGGGAUUCAAUCCUUCAAUUUUUGCAAAUAGACCACAUCUCAUUUCUGUCAGCUUGAGGAAGACACUUAUUCCCAGGUGUUCAGUUGUUCAAGUUCUGCUCUCAAAAGGUUUGGUAGACAAGAACUUUAGCCUGCAACUGUUGCUGGAAUGCCCAGAAAAUCAAUUUCUUAAGAGGUUUAUCAUACCCCACAAAGAGGGAGCUCCUGAGCUGUUGAACUUAUAUCAGGAAAAACUGAAAAUUCCAAAUUGACUGGCGUAAAGCGUGCAAGUAGACUGGGCAAGAGAGGUAACAUGAUUAAUCAUCUUUAGUCAUUGGUUGAUUCUUAAACUUGUCAUGCUGACUGUACGUGUGACCUCUUUCAACAGUUUCUAGUCACACGUGGUCAAUUUCAUCUAUUUGCUUUUUUGCAACUGAUCCAAAUUUUGAGGUGUUUUUGAUGUCUGCUAUGAUCCAUUAUAGGUUCUUCUUGAUAGUUCAUUUCACCCCUUAUGCGUAUGAACAAGAUAUCUCGGCUUCUGUUUUUUAUCGUCAUAUAUUAGUCUUUGGCUUUCUGGUUUGCUUAGAAGGGAUUGUACUAAUAUGUCAAAUAAGCAAACUGAAGACUUGGAUAUUUUGCAGCUGUCUUGAAUCUGUCCUGUCUCUCCUAUGUUGUGCCAAGCAGAUGCUUCUAUUAAAACAGUUUUCUUAUAUACGUAUGAUCACGCAAAAUAGGAAUUUCUGAUUCAUUGAUCAAACAUCAAUAUUUAUAUUAGCAGAAAUAUCUCUUUUCAGCUUCUAAAAGGAUAUCAUUUGCUCUGUUGAGAAAGUUAAGACGAUUAUUGCCCGAAUAUUUGGUUAGUCCUGCAUCACUUAUUUCUGGAACCAUGAGAAGGACCUACAUUUUUGUAUGAAGAGCAUACCAAAAUAGUUGUGAGGAGCUUAUGAUAUGAUGCAUAUACAAGUAAAAAGAGUGGAAAAAUCUUGCAUAAUGAAAAUGAAAUACCAGUACAGCAGAAAUCAGUUAAAUGCAGAUGGAACCCAAGCCCAUAGUUAAUGCACAAACUUAUCCUCACGAAGAAUGCUGUAAUGAAAUCUUUUUUAGAGUACAUCUCUUCUUGUUCCACUGUCCUUUGUGACCAUAAUUGGUAAAGUUCUAAUUUUCCUGUUUAUGAUGCAAAAAACACUUAAUAGUACACAUACCGAGCCUGUGGUUGAUAAAAGAGGAUGGCAGUAAUUGUUUGCUUUCUGUUUUUGGAUCUGUUUGCUAUAAUUUAAGACUAAUAUACUGCAUGACAGUAUGAGACGCUUUUAGGAUUUAAGUCUUUUUGAGGUAUUGAUUGAACAAUGAAAACUGACUUGAAAAAGUAAACAAGAAUGUCAAAAUAAUACGUGAACUAUAUAUUUAUUUGUGCU